CAGGGUUAAAGAGCCAACUCUACAUCCAAACACUUCCCAAAUAUUUCAGAACGGCCGUUCAUGGCGUCGAAUAUACCCGACCAGUCCAAUCCCCCACCUCCCGCCGCCGUGUCGCCGAUUCUAAUCUCAUCGGCGGGAGUCCGCUCUCUCGUCACCCAUAAAUCCCUAAUCUCCCACCUCAAAUCGACCCUACCCCAGUUCUCCGCCGCCGUACAGUCCCCCCUCCGCCACGCCCACCAAACAAGCCCAUCCUCGUCGCUCCUCCUCAUGCCCUCCUGGUCCACCUCACCCUCUCUCCCUUACAUCGGCACCAAACUCGUCACCCACCACCCCAACAACACUACCCUACCCGGCGUGCACGCCGUCUACGUCCUCUUCUCCGCCCUAACCGGCCAGCCCUUGGCGGCCAUGGACGCCACCGAGCUCACUCUAUACCGUACAGCCUGUAUCUCAGCUCUAGCUUCCCUCUACCUAUCGAGGGAAGAUUCCGAAACCCUAGUUAUGAUCGGAUCCGGUGCGUUGGCCCCGCAUUUGAUCCGGGCACAUCUGACCGUCCGAUCAAAGAUAAGGAAAGUGGUGAUUUGGAAUAGAACAAUGGAGAAGGCCAAGGCUUUGGCCGAUCAUUUGAGUGGGGAGGAAGAACUCAAAUUUGUGAGGUUUGAGAGCAAUGGGGAUUUGGAGGGGGCUGUGAGGGGGGGUGAUAUAAUCACCUGUGCAACCAAUUCACAGGUUGCAUUGGUGAAAGGUGAGGAUUUGAAGAAGGGGGCACAUUUAAAUAUGGUGGGAUCAUUCAGGGCCGGAAUGAGGGAGUGCGACGACGAGGCCGUGAGGCGGGGGAGGGUGUAUGUAGACGGGGAGGCGGCAGCGGCGGAGGCCGGGGAGUUGGUGGGUGCAUUUGAGAGGGGGGUGAUGAGGAAGGAGGAUGUGGUGGGAGAUUUGGUGGAAUUGGUUGAGGGGGAGAAGAUUGGGAGGAGAAAUGUGGAAGAGAUUACUGUGUUUAAGUCUGUUGGAUCAGCUACGGUGGAUUUGUUGAGUGCACAGAUGGUUUAUGAAAGAGGCGGUCGUGCUUGUAAAGGUGCAAUUUCUCGUUCGAAUCCAUCUUUAAGAGUUCCAUAGAUUCGAGGCUGGUCAUCAACGCUAGAAUUUCAAUGGAAAGGAGCAACUUCGGUCCAAUACAACGAAAUUGACCAGGAGAGCAAGCGGUUACUGAAAUUCUGGAAGGAAAUUAUCUCCCUAUUCUCCUGCAAUGCGUUUUCGACUUUACUCUGAAUCGUCAUGGCCAGAUUCAAAAGACGGUGUGUUGUGUUGUGUUGUUUUUUUUGUGUUCAACAUUUAAUUUUGAUACGAGAAUUCAGGUGAGUAAUAAUUACAAAUUGU